AGAAUCAACAAGUUGAUGGUGGUCUUCUUGUAGCAACAAUUUUAUUAAGUUAACUACACCACGAGACGACCUCAAAACACGGUUGGACGAGUGAGUGAGCACAAGUCGUAAAAGAAAAGUGGAGGUGCAUGGUUUGUGAGAUUACGGACGGACAAAACGACAAGACUUUUGUGCACGCCUGCUGCUUUCUCAUACAUUUGGGGAAUUUUGUACCUUGUUAAAAAUAUCAAGAAAUGUCUUCCCCAAUGACGACGACGACGCCGCCGACGAACAUGCUCCUCCUGGUCCAUUCGGCGAAACAGAUCGUGCGUGUGGUGAGCAAUGAGGCGAAAGUGGUCAAGGGGACCGACAUGAAGUCAAUUUCCGUCCUCGUGGGAAAACCAGGCGAUGGGCUGUCUCUCGUCGUUGGCAAGGACGGUCUCAUCGCCGCGAUUGGUUUCGAUUCCGACAUUAAAACCAAGUAUCGCCACGUGUCGUUCGAACGGACCGUGAACGCGUCCGACCUCUGCAUCCUGCCAGGCUUUGUGGACGCUCACACCCACCCCGUCUGGGCGGGAGACCGUGUCCACGAGUUCAGGAUGAAGCUGGCGGGGGCAUCUUACAUGGACAUCCACAACGCGGGGGGAGGCAUCCACUACACCGUCGACCACACUCGACGUGCCUCUGAAGAGGAGUUGUUCUCUCUUUUGAGGGAACGCUUGAUUCGAAUGUCCAAGUCGGGGACAACGGUGGUGGAGUGCAAGUCCGGCUACGGACUGAAUACGGAGACCGAGCUGAAAAUGCUACGUGUUCUGGAACGGGCGAAAAGAGAAAUUUCCUUUGUCGACAUUUCCAUCACGUACUGCGGGGCGCAUGCAAUUCCAAAAGACAUGACGGAGGAGUUGGCGACCAAGGCGAUCAUCAGUGAGCAACUGCCAGCCAUCUCGCGAGCCAUUCGACUCGGCGAAAUUUCUGUGGACAAUAUUGACGUGUUUUGCGAAAAGGGUGUGUUCGAGGUGGACAGCUCGCGGCAGAUUUUGGAGGCUGGGAGGGCACUCGGAUUUAAGAUGAAUUUCCAUGCGGACGAGAUCUACCCGCUGGGUGGGACGGAGAUGGGGGCUAGCAUCGGAGCGGAAGCGAUAAGUCAUUUGGAGCAAGUAUCGGACACCGCGAUUCAAGAAAUGGCACGGAACGAAUCGAUCGGGGUGAUUUUGCCCACAACGGCGUACAUUCUCCGUCUCCCGUCGCCCCCCGUGAGGAAACUCAUCGAAGCCAAUGUCCCCAUCGCGUUGGGGUCAGAUUUCAAUCCAAACGCUUUCUGCUUGGCGAUGCCCAUGGUCAUGCAUCUCGCCUGCAUCUUGUGCCACAUGAGUUUGGAGGAAGCCCUCGUCGCCUCCACGAUAAACGCGGCCGCGACCCUCGGUCUUUCCGGAAGUCACGGGUCGCUCGAAGUGGGGAAAAAGGGCGACAUCGUGAUGGUCGAUGUUCCCACCUGGGAACACUUGAUUUACCAAUUUGGCGAGCACGAGAACCUAAUUCAGAUGGUGAUCAAGGCCGGAUUUGUUGUCUACGAUAAAGCUCACCAAUAAAUAAAUUUAUAAUUUAAAAUUGGACAAAAUUUCCACCCCUGGAACGACUUGAUUGAAAGAGAUAAAUGAAUAAAAAACGAGCAAAGUCAAGAUUCUUAUUUUA